AUGAGUUCCUCAAAUGAGAGGAGCAACAUAUCCAGGCUGGUCAUUAUCAUGUCAGCGUGCAGCUCCAGUCUCUCAUGGAUGGUUUUCUACUUCGCUGUACUGGUAACGCUGGUGUCCCUGUGCGUGGGAGGUUGUCUGGAUGCGGGACUGUGUUGCGUUGGACAAAACCAGUCAUGUAUUACUGAAGGCUGGAGGCAAGAUCGCUCGUAUGGGGAGUGUUACUGCGACCAGGCAUGCAAGAUGACACUGGACUGUUGCCACGACUAUGACCUUGCCUGUCCAGCUGUAUCUUGUGUGGUGAGUGAAUGGAGUGGAUGGUCUGGCUGUUUGGAGCUGUGUAAGCCCACAGUGCGGACCAGACAGAGGCAGGUUAUUCAACAGGCACGUUACGGUGGCAAAUCCUGUCCGUCUCUACAGCAGACUGCAGGCUGUGUUGAGUACCAUGACCAGCAGGGACCCUGCCUGCAGUCACUGGUCCCUGCUCUCAUCACCACUGGCGGCUAUGGAAAUGCCCGGAAAAAGAGGGAUAUUUCAGACACAAACAAUAUCACAGGUUACUGUGUGGAGUUUGAACUCACCUCUCUGACGGCCGGUUGCCAGAGCAGUAUCACUCCGCACACUCGCUGGAUGCGGUACCUGAAGGAAGGGCAUCAAGUGUGCGUGGAAUGCCAGCCACCAGCUCUCGCCCAGGGCCAACGCUACUGUUUAGGGGACGGGGAAAGCACCAGGCAGGAAUGGAGGUUAUCUCUGCAGUGGCAGGCUGUGGGGAAUUCUCAGUGCAGAGGGGUGUGGAGACGGGUUCGUCGCCGAGAUUCCUGUUCCUGUCCUACUGCACACAGUUUCCUCUUCAUCUAGCUCACACACUUUAAUUAGUCUUAACCGGGUCAUGUAAUUUCAUACUUGAUCACUGAUGAAAUGAUGGUAGAAUGAGUAGGUAGAGCAAUACGUGGUAACGCCCCAACCUGCUUCAGGCUUGUAUGUCAAAUAAUACAGUAUGAAAUGCUAUAAAUGUUGUCAAUAUUCAAUAUAGUUGUCAAUCGAGAAAAUAUUCCAUACUAGUUCACAUUUUUCAUAAAUGAAUUCUCACUACUGCUAAUGGUCUUCCUUUUAGCCCUAAAAUAACAAUUCUGUCAUCAUUUACUCAAUCUCUUCAUUUCAGACCCAUAUGAUUUUCUUCUCUUUUUUUUUUUUUUUUUUUGGUUUUUCCCCCUUUUCUCCCAAUUUGGAAUGCCCAGUUCCCAAUGCACUUUUAAGUCCUCGUGGUCGUGUAGUGGUUCACCUCAGUCUGGGUGGCGGAGGACAAAUCCCAGUCGCCUCUGCGUCUGAGACCACCAACCCAUGCAUCUUAUCACGUGGCUUGUUGAGCGCAUUGCCACGGAGACAUAAUGCAUGUAAAGGCUUCACACCGUCCACCGCGGCAACCACGCUCAACUCACCACGCGCCCCACCGAGUCACCGAAUCACAUUAUAGCAACCACGAGGAGGUUACCCCAUGUGACUCUUCCCUCCCUAGCAACCGGGCCAAUUUGGUUGCUUAGGAGACCUGGCUGGAGUCACUCAGCAUGCCCUGGGAUUUGAACUAGCGAACUAGCGAACUCCAGGGGUGGUAGCCAGCGUAUUUUACCACUGAGCUACCCAGGCCCCGUGACCCAUAUGAUUUUCAAAUUGAAUUUGAAAAUGUGUUUUCCCGAAACAUCUCCUUUUGUGUUUCAUAAAUGAGAAAAAGUUGUACAGGUUUGGAAUGACACAAGGGUGAGUAAGUGAUGACAGAAUUUUAGUUUUUUGGGUAAACAGGUAAAGAAAAAGUUCUUUGAACAGUUAAUGUAGAGAACACUGGAAUAAUCAAUUCAAGGUAAAAUUAAUAAUCUGUAUCAUUUAUUUGAUUUCCAGCCAACCAAGGGGGUAGUGGGAUAUCUCUUCUUCAUACUGCAAAUGAUUUCAGGACAUUUUGACACAUUUUGGCUCUUUUUCCUAUACAAGACAAGAAGGAAUUGGCUUUUUGUCACAUACAGAACAAGUUACAGCUUCAGAGGUACGACAUGCAUUAAACAACAAAAUUCACGUACAGAAACAACAGCAUAGAAAGUCGACAGGUAGAAAGUUUACAAAACAAACAGCCUUUAGAGCUACAAACAACAUUGUAGAAGAUUAAGGGGGAGAGGGAGGGAUUGUAAACAGUGCUCUCUGUUUUAUAAGUUCCCUGGAAACUCUAUGGAUGUUUACAUUAAUUUCUUUUCAUGAAAUACUUGGUAAAAUUUCAUACCUCUAGUUACCACUGUUAUUGUACAAUUUUUAUACAACAAAAAUCUAAUAAAAGAAAGAAGACGCUUGUGCUUUCUGGUUUAAAUGAAAUGCAUACAAACCCUUUAUCAUCACAAAUCCUCUCAUAAAUAAUAAACUCAAUUAAAAUUCAAAGCUCCAGUUAUCUAAUACAUGUGACUGUGAACCGAAAAUAACAUAAACAUCAAAUAAUAAUUUCAUUUUCAAAAAGUGUCCAUGUUGAUGCUGGAAGCAUCAUCAGUUUAUCACAGUCUAGCAUGUUUUUGAGCAAAUUUGAAUACCACUUAAUUUGAAGGAUUUUAUUAAUGUAACAUUAUGGAUUACAGUCUAACAUGUGAGUGUGUAUUUUAGACAAAACACCUUUAAUGCCAUUAGACCAUCUAAUAAGACCCUGACAUUGCACUCAAAUUACUGAUUGUCAUCACUGUUUGUUGACUGGUGUCUAAAAAAUCCUCCCCCAAAUAAUCACCUAUAUACAGUAUAUUUUAUUCUAAUCUUUGUAAAUGCUCUAAGCUCACUGCACUAUGCGUGUUCCCCAUAGGCCAGUAUAUAGAAUGUCUGCAGAACAUAUACUGUAUCAGUAAUAACAACAUUCUGACAUGUCUGAUUGGGCCAUUAACAUGGAAUAUAUGAGGGUGAAUCUCUCGUAAACCUGCCAAGAACAUGUCUGAGUCAUAUCACAAACAAACGGGAGAAAAGAAAUUCGAAAUUAUAUUUUGCAUUAAGAAAAUGAAGCCUAUGUUUAAUACCAUUAAGAUUUUUGCCAUUGUGACAUUAUUUUAAUGAUGAUUAAAUACAUUAUUGGCCAAUUCCUUUGACUCAAAUAGUAGAGAAUGGUUCUAGCAACAUCAAGGUCAUGGGUCUGAUUCCCAGGGAAUAUGUGUACUGUUAAAAAAUGUAAGUAUGUCACUUUGGAUAAAAGCAUCUGCCAAAUGAAUAAAUGUCAAAGUAUAU